UUACUCCAUUGAUUGCCGCCGCUCCCCAAAACCAAUCUUUGUCUCACAAUCUUCAAAUCGAGCAAAACAAAAUCUCCAAAAGAAAGCUUCCUCCAGCUCACAAAACCUUUGAAAACUGAAUACAAUGCCAUCCAACCACAACAAGAAUACCAAUGAGAUGGUCGAAUCCGAGGCCAACGCUCAUCACACCGGUUGUGGUGUCCUUGGACGCUACCCAGUCCUCUCUGUUCUGAUCUUUGCGGCCACUGGUUUGGCUAUUGGCAUUGGGCUUAGUGCAUGGGAACCUGAAGAUCCCACGGACAAGGAAACUGCUGUCAAGUGGAUUGGGCUUGUGGGUGAUAUGUUCAUCCGUGCCCUGAAGGCUGUGGUGCUUCCGCUUGUCUUUGUCAACGUAAUCUUGUCCAUGAUUGAUAUGAUGUCCGUUGGACGUGCGAGUGUGGUUGGAGGCAAGACCAUUGGGUUGUACCUCUUGACUACUUUCGUUGCUUCAAUCAUUGGCAUUGUUUCCAUCCUCACCUUCAAAGGCCUCUUCAAGACUGAAACAGUUGACAGCAACUUUGAGGCCAAGGUCCUACUUGGAUGUUCCGCCGAAGAGGGUUCCUACCUUACCCAUGGCGCCAAUGGUACCGUUUUUUGCACUGCUUCCAACCUCACGGAAGAUAUGAGCAACUACUUUACAAUUGAAGACAUCGACAAAACCUUCGUCCAUUCCUCAACUGGUGUGGCAGAACUCUCCUUUUCCGACACCUUGUACGAUGGUGUCUUUGUCAAGAUGAUCCCCAGCAACAUUUUCGUAGAGUUUGUCAACUCAAACUUUGCCGCAGUUGUGGUUUUUGCUAUCUGUUUGGGUGCAGCCUUGUCGCGUUGCCUCUACAAGCGCGGAGUGAAUACUGCUGAUUCUGUCCUGAUCAACUUUUUGAAAGAGGUGGAUGAUGUACUGAUCACUUUGAUUCACUGGAUCAUUGCCAUCACUCCCUUUGCUGUCUUGUCUUUGAUUGCCAGCGCUGUUGGAGGCCAAAACGAUCUGGCUGAUGCAUUCAGCAACGUCGCCUACCUGUGCUUGGCCGUCAUGAGUGGAAUGUUUGUCCAUGUCUUUGUGACCUACACAAGCAUUUUGGGUUUCAUUACUAAGUCAAACCCCUUCGAGUACAUGCGAUUCAUCAUCCCGGCCCAGACCACGGCGUUUGCGUGUGCCAGCAGCGCCGCCACCCUUCCCGUCUCUAUGCAGUGCGCCGAGGAUUCUGGCAAAGUCCCUCCUUUCGUCGCCCGCUUCGUCCUUCCGCUCGGAGCCUCCAUCAAUAUGGACGGAUCUGCCAUCUAUUUCCCUUGUGCAUGUGUCUGGUUGGCAGUUUUGAACGGCAUUGAACCUACUUUUGGCAACUACGUAUUGCUCUCUUUCCUGUCUACCAUUGGAAGUGCUGGAACUGCUCCUGUCCCGGCAGCUGGUUUGGUGAUGGUUUUGACUGCUUACAACUCUGUCUUUGGGACCACUGGAGUUCCAGAUGGUUUUGAGUUUGUUGUGGCCAUUGACUGGUUCUUGGACCGUCUUUGCACUGUCGUGAACGUUACGGGCGACAACAUUGUGGCUCGCUCCAUUGCCCACAUGGUCGAGGAGGAGGAGGAUGACGAGAUGGAAAAGCCCGAUGCCUCAACCAGGACCAAGCGCAUGUCCGUUGCCGACUCCAAUGAUGAGGGAAGCAACCUCGAAGAGGAGGAAGAAGGCAUUCCACCCGCUCUCAAGAUGCCCGACUUCUCUGUCUAAAGGAUCCUUAGAAGCGAUGGAUCCCUUUCAUGCUUCCAUUCUCCUCUUCCGAGCCUCCAAGCCCAAAGAAGUAUCUGACUGGUUGGCGAAACCGCUGGCUAGCACCAUGCUAACGCCACCAGGUCCAACCUACAUGUAGGUAUCGGUACCAGUGUGUAUGCAAUUUUAUUAUGAUAAACUAUAAACCCUGUUUUGGAUAGUUAAAA